AUGCCGGUUCACGAGCAAGACGGGGAGUUCGAAUUCGGGUGCGUUUCCACGUCGCCGGGCUCCCCAAAUUCCCCGGCCGAUCGCCUCUUCUUCAACGGAAAGCUCUUGCCCCACGAUUUCCCGUGCCCGCCGGCGUCCGGGUUUUCCUAUUCCCGGUCGACGAGCAGAGCGAGCAGCGUCAGCAGCAAGGACUCGCUGAUGUCAUCCCGGUGCAACAGCAGCAACAGCUCCCGCUGCAGCAGCGCAAGAACCAGUACGAGCGAGUCGUCGGAGAGAAAACUGGCGACGAAAAACAUAAGAUAUCAUAUGAUGCGGAACAGCCAUUCCGGCAGGCCAGUUCCCGGUUCCCAGCACCUCACCGCUUCUCAAAGAUGGCAAUUCAUGGCCACCCCGGCGCUGGUUGACCGCAGGAAUAAGCAGCGUCACGGUACCGGCGCUUCCCGGAAUCAAGAACCGAAGCUAAGGAAACAAGGUGACGACGGUGAAAAGCUUAUUACCAACAAGACCGCCGGAAAAUCAUCGUUUGGUCUGAGGAUCUUAAGAUCAUUCGUGUCUACUUGCAAAGAAUGUCACGCCAUUCAGCCAUCAAACAGAGAGGCAGUGAUAUUAUCGCAUAAUUAA